UUUUUUUUCCAUCGCCAUAGUAAGAAAAAAUGCCACACUCAUUCGGUCUCCGUGCUCGUACUAGAUACUUAUUCUCCCGUGGUUUCAAACAACACGGUCUCUUAAAGACCACCACUUUCUUAAGAACCUUCAAACUUGGUGACUACGUUGAUGUCAAAGCCACCGGUAAUGUCCACAAAGGUAUGCCACACAAAUUCUACCACGGUCGUACCGGUCGUGUUUGGAAUGUCACUCCACGUUCAGUUGGUGUCAUCAUCAACAAACGUGUUGGUCCAAGAAUCAUUGCCAAGAAAAUCCACGUCAGAAUUGAACACGUCAAACCAUCAAACUCAAUGGCUGCUCACUUAAAACGUAUCGAAGAAAACAAAAAAGUUGUCGCUGAUGCCAAGAAAAAUAACACCUGGGUUUCAACCAGACGUACUCCAGCUGCUCCAAAAGCCGGUUUCUUCGUUAACCCAAGAGACACUGAAGUCCAAACCAUCGCUCCAUUACGUUAUGAAUUAUUACUUUAAAGAACUUGAUAAUUUAUAUAUAAAAGUGAUUUAUAAAAUAAAAAUUUACUAAAAA